CUCUCUGUACUAAGCAUAAUUCAUUGGUUAUUUGUUGGGCUACAUUGUUCUUACAAGGGUUACUGAGCUCAUGGUCUUUGAUUAGAGCUUUAUUACUGGCACAAAAUGAUCAAUACAGCAAACUCUAUGAAGUAGGAAAAUCUUUAGGUUGCUCGUUAUAUUACUCGUAAUUUGACUGCAUUCCCACGUAACAGAAAUGUUAAUGUCAAAUCCGAUCUGCAGGUUGACCACUUUACCUCCUGGACUUGGCUCUCUGACUUCUCUAAGGCAGCUUCAUGUUGCCAAUAAUAAGUUGACUAGCCUUCCAAAUGAAAUAGGCUUCCUGACUCGGCUUGAAGUUUUGAAGGCCGAUAAUAAUCGAGUGCUUACAAGUAGUGUAUUUAUUGCAUUGUCUUUACUAUGGCUGCAGGCGUUGCAUUUCAGUAAUAAUGGCCUAAAAUCCCUGCCUUGUACCUUAUUCAAACAUCGCCUCCAGCUCGCCACACUGGAUCUCCACAACACUGAAAUCACAAUGGAUCUCCUGCGUGAGUUUGAAGGGUGGGAAGAUUUCGAUGAACGCCGGCGAUCGAAGCAUCAGAAGCAGGUGGAUUUUCGAGUGAACUCUGCUGCAUUUGACGAAGGCGCUGAUAAAAACUAAUCCUUUCUAUUAUUUUGUAGUUAACGGCAGGGGAAAAAGGACAUUGAUUCUGCUUGUGAUUUGAAUAGUUCAAAACAAUACUUUCCUUUUAAAAACAGUGCUUAAAUGUC